GAGUGACACAUCAUUUCCUGUCAGAGGCAGCGCACGCGGUCUGUACAAACGUUUGUGUGGAAAAAAUGCUUUCGCUUUCACUUCAAGGCUCCAUUUGUCCAGUGGAGACGCUGCAUUUAGAAGGAUAAUAAACCAGAUAAAAAACAAGCAAAGUAGCCACAGAAAGGCGACUCUGAAACAGGAAACCCCACCAUGGCGUUCAAUUAUCCGGCUGCACGAAGAGAUGAGAGUAAGGUGGAUGACUAUCAUGGUGUGACUGUCUGUGAUCCCUACACAUGGCUUGAAGACCCUGACGGUGCUGAAACAACGGCCUUCGUUGAGGAGCAGAACAAGCUGACCAUGCCGUACCUGGAGCAGUGCGCUGUCCGGCCUCAGUUCCACCAGCGUCUCACUGAGCUCUACGACUAUCCCAAAUACAGCUGCCCUUACAAAAGGGGCAAGAGGUAUUUCUACUUUCACAACAAAGGUCUGCAGAACCAGGAUGUGCUGUAUGUGCAGGACUCUCUGGAUGGAGAAGCCACGGUUUUCUUCGACCCGAAUAAACUCUCUGAAGAUGGCACUGUGGCACUGAAGAUGGGCCGCCUGUCGGAGGAGUGUGAAUACUUCGCCUACGGUUUGAGCAGCAGCGGUUCAGAUUGGGUAACCGUGAGUUUCCUGAAGGCUGAUGACCUCAUCGUGCUGCCUGACGUGCUUGAGAGGGUUAAAUUUAGCUGCUUGUCCUGGACUCACGAUGCCAAGGGCAUCUUUUACAACUGUUACCCACGCCAGGAGGGCAAAACUGACGGCACGGAGACCACUGCCAACAUCAAUCAGAAGCUCUACUACCACGUCAUCGGCACCAAACAGUCAGAAGACAUUCUGGUGGCAGAGUUCCCCGAACAUCCUAAGUGGCACAGUUCAGCAACCAUCUCGGACGAUGGCAGAUAUGUGGUUCUGUCCAUCACUGAGGGCUGCGAACCCGUCAACCAGCUGUGGUACUGUGACCUGCAGCAGCUCAGCGAGGGCAUCACAGGCCUGUUGCCUUGGGUCAAACUUGUGGACAACUUUGAGGCCCAGUACUCGUACGUCACCAACGAGGAGAGCGUGUUCACGUUCCGCUCCAACUUGGACGCUCCUCGGUACCGUCUCAUCAACAUCGACAUCCAGAAACCAGACCAGCAGCACUGGACGACCCUCAUCCCACAGCACGACAAGGAUGUCCUGGGCUUCGUCUCCUGUGUGAACCAGCACCACCUGCUGGUCAACUAUCUCCACGACGUGAAGGACAUCCUGCAGGUGUACGAGCUGUCCUCAGGCCGGCUGGUCCGGGACCUGCCGCUGGACGUGGGCACCGUGGCCGGAGUGAGCUGCAAGAAGAAGCACUCCGACUUCUUCUAUAAGUUCACCUCCUUCACCACUCCUGGUAUCAUUUACUACUGUGACCUGAGCGCGUCCAGCCCAGAGCCCUCAGUGUUCAGGGAGGUGGAGGUGAAGGGCAUCAAACAGGAGGACUACGAGACCAACCAGGUAUUUUAUCCCAGCAAAGAUGGAACCAAGAUCCCCAUGUUCUUGGUUCACGCCAAGGGCCUGAAGAAGGACGGGACGCACCCUGUCUUCCUUUAUGGCUACGGAGGCUUUGAGGCUUCCAUACAACCGUACUACAAUGUUGCUUACCUGCUGUAUGUGAGACACCUGGGAGGGAUCCUGGCUGUGGCCAACAUCAGAGGAGGAGGAGAGUACGGCCUCACCUGGCACAAAGCUGGUAAUUUAGGGAACAAGCAGAAUUGCUUCGAUGACUUCCAGUGUGCAGCAGAAUAUCUGAUCCAGGAGAAGUACACCACAGCCAGCCGCAUCGCCAUCAACGGGGCCUCUAACGGAGGCCUGCUAGUGGCGGCGUGCGUGAACCAGCGUCCAGACCUGUUCGGCUGCGCAGUGGCGGAGGUCGGGGUGAUGGAUAUGCUGAAGUUCCAUAAAUUCACCAUCGGACACGCCUGGACCACAGACUAUGGCUGCUCUGACGAGCCGGAGCAGUUCCAGUGGCUCAUCAAGUAUUCUCCUCUCCAUAAUCUGCCUCCGGCACCUUACUCCGGCCCUCCCUAUCCCGCCGUCCUGCUGCUGACGGCCGAUCACGAUGACCGCGUGGUUCCUCUCCACACUCUGAAGUACUGCGCCGCCCUGCAGCACGGAGUGGGUCGCAGCGGCGUGCAGCGCCAGCCUCUGAUGGUCCGGGUCGACACACGGAGCGGGCACGGAGCAGGGAAACCCACCGCCAAGGCUAUCCUGGAGGAAACGCACGUCUUCUCCUUCAUCGCUGAGACUCUUGGGCUCAGCUGGAAGGAUUGAAGAGAUGAUGAUGUAAAAGAUCUAUACAGCGAGGGAUGAAUGAAUUAUGUUUUUAGAGAGAAAUGGAAGAAUAUACUGGUUAAAAGGAAUAAACUGUUAAAAGGAACAUUUUAGAAAAAUAAUAACAGAUGGUUAUUGCAGAAAUAAUAAUAAACAACUUUAUUAAUGAAAAAUAUGACAUAUAAACCACAAAGCCUUUUUCUACUUGACAGUAGAUUACUACAACCAAUCAAAUACACAAAAUAUUCUGAAAUGUUUUGAAUGUAAAUUUGGAGUUUUAACAUUGAACUAAAUUAUUUUUAAUAAAGUCUGUGUUUGCACCAUGA